AUGGGUCACCGGCAUGUAGGUCUGCUUAGCGGCUCCCGCUGGAGGUACUGGAGGCUCACUGCACGGGGCCUGUACUUGACACUCCAUAGUACCCAGCAGUCUUGUCAGGCUCAUCAAGUCAGGCUCAUCAUGUCAGGCUCAUCAUGUCAGGCUCAUCAAGUCAGGCUCAUCAAGUCAGGCUCAUCAUGUCAGGCUCAUCAUGUCAGGCUCAUCAUGUCAGGCUCAUCAAGUCAGGCUCAUCAUGUCAGGCUCAUCAAGUCAGGCUCAUCAUGUCAGGCUCAUCAUGUCAGGCUCAUCAUGUCAGGCUCAUCAAGUCAGGCUCAUCAAGUCAGGCUCAUCAAGUCAGGCUCAUCAAUCCCCGGCAGUACGCACACAAACAGCAAUGUGUACAGCACCAGACACAGCAUCUAG